AUGGGAGUGACGGUAAUUGGGUCUUUGAAUUAUGAUUUAGUCACGUAUACUGACAAGGUUCCUGGCGCGGGGGAGACAUUUGCGGGGGAGCACUUCGAAACCCAUGUAGGUGGCAAGGGCUUGAAUCAGGCAAUCGCAGUUAGUAAGCUACAAGCGGAUGCGGGCGAUGAGAAAGUGCGUAUUGUGGGCAAUGUAGGUAGGGAUCCAUUUGGAGAUGAGAUCUUGGAAGUGGCUAGACAGAAUAGGGUGCAGGUCGAGCACGUUGGUGUAGUGGCGGGGACUAAGACAGGCACUGCGACUAUCCUAGUAGAGCGCAAGACAGGACAGAACCGGAUUGUGAUUGUGAGCGGGGCUAAUGCGAAGACGGUCUUAGAAGAAAGUAACAUGGAGCAAGUGUUCCCGAAGAAUACUUCCCCAGGCCAACACUACAUUAUCCUUCAGCAUGAAAUCUCCGAUCCAGUAGCAUACAUGCGCUGGCUGAAGCUCAAUAGGCCAGCUUACCAAAUUGUGUUCAACCCUUCGCCGUUUCAGGAGCUACCAGCAGAUGCAUGGAAGGACGUGGAUGUCUUGGUGGUCAAUGAAGUUGAGGCUUUUCAGCUUUACAUGUGCAUUACGGGCUCUGGAAGUUCUAAGUUCUCCGAAUCAGAGCCAGAUAAUAUGGUAGACAAGUUCAGGGUAAUUUUAAGUGAGCUCAUGGAGAGGGGGGUACUCGGCAAGAGUCGUUCUGGCACAAUUAUAGUAACCUUGGGAGAAUACGGUGUCUUGUACGCUUCUGCUGCGAGUUCAAGGGUUCUUUACGUCCCCGCAGAGCAAGUCGUGAAAGUCGUGGACACUACCGCCGCAGGUGAUACAUUCCUGGGUGGAUUGGUCGCCCAACUAGACUCUGGGUCCACGCUAGAUGAUGCUGUGCGCUUUGCAGUACAGGCUAGUGCAAUUGCUGUUACAAGGGAAGGCGCAUCUAGUAGCAUACCAACGCAUGCAGAAGUUGAGGGAAAAUAUCAUUUGUGA